AUGCUGUGUCGUAGAGCGUUAUCUGGAGCCUAUCGGCGAGUGGCUGGUCUGAAAAGCAACAUUGUAACUCGCAAACCUGUCUUGACUCGAAACUAUAAUGAAAUUGGCGCCGUCAAAUAUGGCCGAUAUCAAGAUCCUUCCGAAAAGGAAACAAUUGUAAAACUACUCUACAACAUUGGCUCUAGGAAGGAGGUCGAACAGUACCUCACACACUUCUCCUCGGUCGAGUCACACCAAUUUGCCGUCAUCAAGGUCGGAGGUGCCGUGCUGACUGACGAUUUGGAUACGCUGGCCUCGUCCCUGACCUUUUUAAAUCGUGUUGGUCUCUAUCCAAUCGUUGUACACGGUGCUGGACCACAGCUUAAUGGUCUCCUAGAAGCCGCCAAAAUCGAACCACAAUACUCGGAUGGUAUUCGCAUUACCGAUGAAAAGACUCUAGAAAUCGCCAGACAGGUCUUUCAGGAAGAAAAUCUAAAACUUGUAGAGGCCCUGGAAAAGUUGGGCACUCGAGCUCGUCCCAUCAAUGGUGGUGUCUUUACAGCUGAAUAUCUCGACAAGGCCAAAUAUGGAUUGGUCGGCAAGAUUGUGCACGUCAAUAAGGAAAUCGUAGAGUCGUCCAUUAGAGCUGGUGCAUUACCCAUCUUGACGAGUUUGGCUGAAACUCCUUCUGGACAGAUACUCAAUGUCAAUGCCGAUAUAGCUGCUGGAGAGCUGGCUCGAGUGCUGGAACCGCUAAAAAUAGUUUAUAUAAAUGAAAAAGGAGGUCUCUUCAAUGGAACAAGUGGGAAAAAGAUUGAUGUCAUCAACCUGGAUGAAGAAUACGAUGAUUUAAUGAAGGAACCAUGGGUUAAAUAUGGCACAAAGCUUAAAAUUCGUGAGAUACACGACCUGUUGCAACAUCUUCCACGCUCAUCAUCAGUCAGUAUCAUCUCUCCAGAACAUCUGCAUAAAGAGCUAUUUACCCAUUCUGGAGCUGGUACUCUCAUCAGACGAGGACAUCGUAUCUUUAGACAGGACGACGUGAACAAGCUUGAUGUAGAUCGAAUCAGACACUUAUUGAACGAAAACGACCCAGAAAUCACGUCAGGAACCAGUAGUGUUGCCAAAUACUUGAAAUCCAUGUCAGAAAAACCCGUAACCAUAUAUGCAGAUGCCGCUUAUGAUAUAUUUGCUGUCGUUGCUCAUGCAGAUGGAGCCAAGGCCAAGAUACCCUUCUUAGAAAAGUUUGUUGCCACGAAAACCGGUGUCUUGAAUAAUGUAUCCGAUAAUGUAUGGCAAAUGAUCAAAAAGACGUUUCCGUCACUGGUAUGGGUUACGCCCAAGGGAGACGAAAACAAGGUCUGGUAUUUCGAACGAGCCGAUGGCUCUUAUAACAUAGGUGACUGGUCUUUGUUUUGGUAUGGAGUCCAAAACUUGGAUGACUUGGCAGAGUAUGUUAGUAAAUACUCAAAGCUGCCUAGUGCGAAAUCUGCUGCACCAAGUAGCACUGCUUCGUCAGGAGUUGGUAGUGGUCAGACUCGCAAGUACUCUACUCUUGCUACCAAUAUGAUCCAGAAACGUAGCAUGUCAUCUACCGCCUCACGUAGUAAGCAGUUUAGCAUUGGAUUGAUUGGCGCACGAGGUUACACUGGCCAAGAAUUUAUGAAACUUGUCGACAACCACCCACAAUUAUCACUUGCCUAUGUUUCCUCUCGAGAGUUGCAAGGCAAACCGGUAGAAUUCUAUAAAAAGUCAUCUAUAAAGUACUCUAGUUUAUCUCCAGCUGAUUUGCCCAAAUUAUCGGAUGUGGCAUGUUGGGUUAUGGCAUUGCCAAAUAAUAUCUGUCUGCCAUUUGUAGACAGUCUCAACAAGGCCGAUAGCAACGCACUUAUUGUAGACAUAUCUGCAGAUUUUAGAUUCAACGACUCGUGGACAUAUGGUUUGCCAGAAUUAUAUGGUGCUCGAAGCAAAGUACAGAAAUCCAAAAGAGUAUCCAACCCUGGUUGCUAUGCGACAGGCUCGCAACUGGCAAUCGCACCACUAGUACCGUAUCUAUCGUCCUCUCCCACCGUCUUUGGCGUAUCGGGCUACUCUGGUGCUGGGACCACACCGUCUCCCAAGAACGACAUCAACAAUCUAAAUAAUAAUCUUAUACCCUAUGCAUUGACAGAUCAUUUGCACGAAAAGGAAAUAUCCCGUCACCUGAAUUAUCCUAUUGGAUUCAUCCCACAUGUGGGACAAUGGUUUCAAGGCAUCUCCUUGACAGUGUCGAUCCCGCUCAACAAGAGCAUGACCGCCAAGGAAGUACAGGCAUUGUAUGCCGAUCAUUAUAAGGGAGAACGACUAGUUAAAGUGCUGGAGGAAGGAGAGAUACCCGAAGUCAAGUACAUAUCUGGCAAGCAUCAUGUUGAAGUUGGUGCCUUCAAAGUCCACUCGAGUGGGAAGAGGGUCGUUGUCGUGGCUACGAUUGAUAAUCUUUUGAAGGGUGCUGCAACGCAAGCCAUGCAGAACAUCAACUUGGCACUUGGUCUCGACGAGUACACUUCAAUACCACUAUAA